UCCAAAUAUCUCUCAUCUUCACUUUUCUUGAUUCUUUUUGUUCUUUCAAUUCACCUGUUUUGGUCCAAAUAUAAAGGUUCUGAUGCUUCUUUCUAGAUCAAUUAUUUUUGUGGUUGUGUUCUCAGCUUGUGUGCUUCUCUUUCAAGCCAAUGCUAUUAGAUCUUUUGCCAACAAUGGUUAUGAAACUGAGGUUAAAGUUGAUUCCUUUAUGCAAUUUAAAGAGGCCCCAGAAUACAGAAACCAACAAAGCUGCACUCUAGUUGAUAGAAACAAUGUGCAAAUGGUAUGUGACCCAUCACUUGUUCACAUUGCCAUGACCAUUGAUUGGUACUACCUAAGAGGAUCUAUAGCUGCAGUUCAUUCUGUUCUUAAACACACUUCAUGCCCUCAAAAUCUAUUCUUUCAUUUCAUUGCAUCAGAUGCAAGAAUGGAGAACAAGGAAGAGUUUGAUAGGAUUGUUACAUCCUCUUUUCCUUCCUUGAGAUUCAAAGUAUAUAUGUUCAAGGAAAGUUUAGUCGAUAAUCUCAUAUCACCUUCAAUAAGGGAAGCACUUGACAACCCUUUGAACUAUGCAAGAAGUUACUUGGCUGAUUUGCUUGAGCACUGCAUUGAAAGAGUUAUAUAUUUAGAUUCUGAUGUUAUAGUUGUUGAUGACAUUCAAGAGCUGUGGAAGGUUUCACUGACUGGGUCAAGAGUCAUUGGUGCUCCAGAGUAUUGUCAUGCAAACUUCACUAGAUAUUUUUCCUAUGAAUUUUGGUCAAGUUCUGAGUUUUCUGAGGUUUUUGAAGGGAAAAGGCCUUGUUAUUUCAACACAGGGGUGAUGAUAAUGGAUUUGGUAAGGUGGAGAGAGGGUGAGUACACAAGGAGGAUAGAGAAAUGGAUGGAAAUUCAGAAGGAGAGAAGGAUUUAUAAGUUGGGUUCACUCCCUCCUUUCUUGUUGGUUUUUGGUGGAGAUGUUGAGGCUAUUGAACAUAGAUGGAACCAACACGGUCUUGGAGGGGAAAAUCUUAGAAAUAGUUGCAGGACUUUGCAUCCUGGUCCAGUUAGUUUGCUACAUUGGAGUGGUAAAGGGAAACCAUGGACAAGGUUUGAUGCCAAGAAGCCUUGCUCAGUUGACUUUCUGUGGGCACCUUAUGAUCUCUACAUACAACAUCACCAUACACAUCAUCACUACCACCAUAAGAGAAUUGCUAUUGGUACAACACAUUCAUCAUUUUAGGACAUAAAAAUUUUAUAUUGGUAAAUUCUGAUUCAUUUGUAUUGAAAAUUUUGUUAAUAUGCACAGACAGAACAAGCAGAAAAUUUUGUACUGUUUGUUGAUACAUUUUCGGUGGUACAGUAACACAAUAUCAUGUGGAUCAUGUUGAUGCACAAUUGGAUAAAUUAUUUAUAAGAGGAUGUGGGUCUAAUUCAUUACUACUAUAAAGGAAAUACAAGAGUGUAGUGUGGGUAACAGCCCUUUCUCACAAAGAAAAGAUGAAAAUGAAGAGAAACGUGUUGAAGAUCAAUUAUGAUCAUACAAUAUUAUGAUCCUACAAUCAAGUACAAUAUAACAAUGUCUGACCCAAAUGUGGCUCUGCAAAACAAAAGCUAAAUUAGACAUUGGCUAAAGAAAAUAUACAUCAUAUGCUGUAUUUGGAUAAUACCUAAGUUCUCUGUGCACCAAUAAAGUUGGCAAACCAAUAUCCUAAGAGUAAUAGUUAAAAAAAAUUUAAAUCUAUUUUUUUACCAAAAAAAUGUAUUUAUAAAAUUUUAAAUAUAAUUUAAUGUAAUAGUUAACAAAACCGACAUGUUGUUACAAAGAAAAGAAUAGUCAACUGCACUAUUCUCAUCUCUUCCACAACUAUUCAUUUUCAUUUCAUUUCCUACUAUUAUUAUUAGCGGCGUUGCUAGUGCUAAUAUCAUCUCUUCAUCAUUAUCAUUAUUAUGCCACCUCUACCAAUCCUUGUCCCACUUUUUCAAUCAUCAUUAUAGAUUAUUUUUUAUAUUAUUAUUCAAACUUAAACUAAUUUUAUCCAUGAUAAACCUUGAUUAAAGGUAUUAAAAUAAAAUUGAAAUUCAACUUAAAAUCAUUACUACAUGCUCCUAUUAUAUGCACAACUCAAAAAUAAAUUAUGAUUUCAAAUCAAGUUUAAUUUUGA